AUGCCUUUAGUGACCGAAUCAGAGUCAAUUAACACAUCAUUCAUCUCAAGAUUAAGAUCCCGACUAUGGAUCGCAAGAAUUUUAAUAAUCUCUGGAGUUAUUCUGAUACUUAUAGGAGGCAUCCAAUUAAUUAUAAAGCUUGUAAGCUCUCAAGAUCAUACAUAUGAUCCUGCAGACAGUGCAUUACAAUCAAGACACUCAGAGAACCCACCUCCUGUAUACCUUGAGCCUAAUGAUCUUAGGUAUCUGAUGAUGUGGGACCGUCUGCAACUUCAUAAGAUUUUACCUCCCUCAAAUAUAACUACAGUACAUGGAGUGAUUUAUUGGGAAUCACUGAUUACCUAUAGAUUUCCCUUCCUUUCAUCCCAACCUGAGGUGAUAUCAAUAAUUCCAGUAUUGACCAGUGGACUUCCCUUGAAGCAUGGAUGGGAAUCCCUUGACAAAUUCCAAGAUGGAGAUCACUUAUAUAUCAGAGAUCAUCCAUAUUUAGAACAAUUGCAAUGCACUUAUGAGAAGUUAUGGGGAACCUAUGAUAUACGACAACUCACUAUUGUCAAGACCUCUUUUAACUUGGAAGACAAUAUCUUUAAGCAUACUCUGUCUUUGAAUUUGGAUUCUUCACAUUCACUUCCUCCUGACUAUUUCCGAAAAAGUUGGGCCAUCAUGCCAUCUCAAGAUAGAUGGUGUUAUGACUAUCACAUAUUCUUUGACUCUAAGAUCACUCAAAAACAACAAAAUCAUCUGCAACUGUCUCCAACUCCGGAGGAUCCCCCUGUAGACUUAGAUAUAAAAGAUCCAAUCUCAGAGUGUUCCUCCCAUUUAGGAAAGCGGGCAAUUUACUGGUCCCAGCGAGACCUACCUCGUAAAGUUGCCCAAUAUAUCACCCAUUCUCCAUUCGCCAUUGGCGAAUUUAGAGAUGGAAUUUACAAGAUCACAUCCAUUAUAGACUCCAAUAUACCCAUCUCUUUAGUCGUCCCUCUUGUUAGACAGCACGGCAUGUUCCAAGUCCAAGAUGAACACAAAAACGAAACUCUAUGGGUUGAACCCAUAACAGGCAAUUUAUACAAAGACCCACAUUGGACUCAUUACUCAAUGGUGGCUUCCUGGUUACCCAUGUGUAAUGGAACAGGAAUUGAUCCUCUGACGGGGAAAGUAGUCAGCUCAGACACUGCAAACACUCCCAUAUCCCUAAUCGAGAAAACCGAGGAAUUUUAUCCAACAUCCCUUUACACAAAGGGCUCCCUAUCUGGAAUCAUAGAAGAUAAUAUAAUAUGA